AUGGUUCUUUAUAAUUUCAAAAAGAUUCAAGUUGUACCAACAUCAAAAGAUUUCAUUGAUAUCGUUUUAUCAAAAACUCAAAGAAAAACUCCAACUGAAAUCCAUAAACAAUAUGCAAUUGGUCGUAUUCGUACCUUUUAUAUGAGAAAAGUUAAAUAUACAGCACAAAGUUAUCAUGAAAAAUUAACUCAAAUUAUUGGUGAUUUCCCAUUAUUAGAUGAUAUUCAUCCAUUUUAUGCAGAUCUUAUAAAUGUAUUAUAUGAUAAAGAUCAUUACAAAUUGGCAUUAGGUCAAUUAAAUACAGCAAGAAAUUUAAUUGAUAAUUUAUCAAAAGAUUAUUUAAGAUUAUUGAAAUAUGGUGAUUCAUUAUACCGUUGUAAACAAUUGAAGAGAGCUUCAUUAGGUAGAAUGUGUACAUUAAUGUUAAAACAAGGACCAUCUUUACAAUAUUUGGAACAAGUUAGACAACAUUUAGCUCGUUUACCAUCAAUUGACCCAAAUACACGUACCUUAUUAUUGACUGGUUAUCCAAACGUUGGUAAAUCAUCAUUUAUGAACAAAUUAACACGUGCCAACGUUGAUGUACAACCAUACGCUUUCACCACUAAAUCAUUAUUCGUUGGUCAUACCGAUUUUAAAUAUAACACAUGGCAAGUUAUCGAUACUCCAGGUAUUUUAGAUCAUCCAUUAGAUGAACGUAAUACAAUUGAAAUGCAAUCUAUCACUGCUUUAGCUCAUUUACAUUCCUGUGUUUUAUUUUUAAUUGAUAUUUCUGAACGUUGUGGUUAUACAAUUAAACAACAAGUUGAUUUAUUCUUUAGUAUUAAAGCAUUAUUUUUAAAUAAACCAUUAUUAGUUGUAUUAAAUAAAAUUGAUGCAAGAAGACCAGAAGAUGUACCAGAAGAUGAUUGGAAAUUAAUUCAAUCAUUAGCAGAUCCAGCAAGAGGUGGUAUUGGUGGUACACAUUUAAUACCAAUGUCAAAUUUAACAGAGGAGGGUAUUGCAAAGGUAAAGGAUACAGCAUGUUCUAUACUUUUCGAAGAGAGAGUUGAGAAGAAAUUGAAAUCAACUCGUAUUGAAAAGGAGAUUCAUAGACUUCAUUUAGCUCAACCACAAGCAAGAGAUAAGAAAGUACGUGCACCAUGUAUUCCAGAAUCUGUAAUUGCUGCAGCUCGUCAAGCUGAUAUGGACGAGGAAUCCGAUUACAAGAAACCAACACUCACAGCUGCAAUGAUGGAAAUGAUUGAAGAACAUGAAAACGACGAGAAAUACGCCCAAGGUAUCAUUCCAAUCUAUGAUGUCAACGCUUGGAAGAAGAAAUAUCUCCUCAAGAAUGAUGAAUGGAAAUUCGAUAUCGUACCAGAGAUUAUCAAUGGUCAAAACAUUGCUGAUUUCGUCGAUCCUGAUAUCCUCAAACGUUUGGAGGAAUUGGAGAUGGAAGAAGAAGCUUUCCUCGAAGAGUUAAAGAAUGCCGAAGACGAUGAAGAAUCUGAUCUCGAUGAAGAGAACGAAGCACUCUAUGACGAAAUCCAAGAGAAGAAACACGAACUUCGUAUCAAUCAUCAAAUUAAAGACUCUUCAAAACCACAAUUAUCCAAAGGUCGUAGAGGUAUCGAUACUAAAGAGAUGGCUUCUCAUUUGAAAUCUAUGCAUCAUGAAGAUGAUGAAAUCGGUGAUAUCAUCCAAAGUGUACGUGAUCAUUCCAAGUCUCGUAUCUCUGGUAAGAAACGUUCUCGUUCAGCCUCACGUUCAGACUCUCAAGCUCCAACCUCUGAAGAAAGAGGUCUCUCUCUCAAUCGUUCAAAAUCACGUCAACGUUCUACCACCAGAAUCGCUUCUCCUGCUCCAGGUGAAGGUUUCCAUGAUUUGGCUCAAAAAGAAAAAGCUGAUAAACUCGAUAAACGUUCUCGUAAGAAGAGAAAUCAAGAUGGUAGAAAAGGUGAAUCCGAUCGUCACGUUUACAAUCUCAUGCCAAAACAUUUAUUCUCUGGUAAACGUAGUGGUGGUACAAAUGAUUUCAGAUAA